GUUAUAACACCUAACCAACAGAGUAGGUACCUAUUGACCCGUAAUUCGAGAAGCCAUGACAGCACAACACCAACCGCGUCUAGCCCAGCCACGCUCUACCUAACUCAUAGAUCGAGGAGGGGUCCAGCCGCGACUUUGCGAGGUGAGUUAGCUGCAGAUCUGUUGCGUUAGUGGUAGCUAGCAUGAGAGAAUGCUGCCACACCUUGGCUAUCCGCGUUACCCUGGCUGUCUUGGCGGGGCACCAAAUUGAUCUCGGAAAUCAUAUCAAACCCCCCUUUUGUGGGUUGGAAGGGCGCGUUUCGGGUGAGAUUCUUACACGUCCGAGGUUGCUUUCCGGGCGUGUAUACGCCUGAUGAGAGGUAACCAGUCAGCAGCACGCCGGAGACAGUCUCUCCCAACCUGAAGUUGGCGUUUUGGCCUCUUAUCGACGCGAAAACAUCGCCGACGCGCUGUAAGCAAGGUUGUGCUUCAUCCAAUACCUAGUUAUCGCUUGUUGGUCGCGUCCUAGAAUGGAUUUGCCUCUACCUUGUCAUAUGUUCAACCAACACCGUCGUCUGCAGCAGGGCCUCUGCGUCCUUUAUUUCGUCCUCUCGCAGUCCUAAACACCACAGACGCCAGCACCACCCAUACCUCUCACAAUCAACACCGACGACCAACCAUGACUAGUCAAGCCAACGACCCGUUCAGCAAAGAAGUGCUUCGUCUCCGAGCCGAGUAUGAGCACCGUCGCGUUACUACCAAUCUUUAUCCGCCUGGUGGUCGAUCACUUCUCGAACUGGAGCUCCGGCGCGGCGAUAAGUCUUACAUGACGUACUGGUUUGACGACGGCACCACGUAUGGCCAAUGCGUGCGCAUCUUCGACGUUCCCGGUACUCUCUCGGGCGACAUACUACGACUCUAUCGCAACUUGCCUCCCGUGUCAGGUCACUUUGAGAUCGAUGGCGACGACAUACGUCCGCUAGACCGCCCUUUUGAGCAUCCUGAACUCAUAGAGGACGACUCCGAGGACGUGAGCGAGCUCGUGUCCACGCUGCCUCUCGUCUGUGUUGACCCAGCGAAGCACUUUGUCAAGAAGGGCAAGUACCGAAGCGAAAUCGAUAAUCUCAUCAGGUGUCAGGGCGGCUCUGUGCCAGGCCAUCCAAUGUCUCCGCACGUUAUCCAGCUUCUUGGCAGGUCUGCCGACGGGAAACUCACCUUCGAGAAGCUGUCGUCUAGCGCGCGCACUCUUGGUGGCUUCUCCUCUUUGGCCGUUUACAAGAGUUGGAUUCUGCAGCUCAUCGACGCCUUGGAUUGUCUUCACUCAGUCGGCAUCGUUCAUCGCGACUUGCGCGCCGACAACCUUCUCUUUUCAGACGACGGGAAGCGUCUGGUCGUCUGCGACCUCGAAAGCCGCUGGGGAGAGCGGUCAGCGCCCGAGGUCAGCUUCGACGGAGGCCCGGAAGACUCAGGGUGGACCCCGAGGUCCGACAUAUAUGACAUUGGAAAUUGCAUCAAAAGUAUGGUUUACGCGAACGCGCCAAUCACGCGUUUCAUCGAAUGGCCUGUUCCACCUCCGCUCCAGACCAUCGUCAAAGCAUGCAUGCAUCCGAGACCAGAGGAGCGUCCAACUCUAGCUGACUUGCGUGUCAUGGUAGAGGAGAUCCAGGUGUGAGCGCACCAGGGCAUGCGGACCGCGGGGUCUGGAAGUUUAAAUAUUGGCUUACCUAGCUUUUGUUUCUAAACUUGGAGAACAACAGAUGUCAUUGACGGAAACCGUUUAUAAAAACCCUUACCAUACCUAAGUAGAGCCUGUUUAUUGCGUCAAAAUCGCAUUAGGGGCCAAGCCCAGGCCAAACUUGGGUCAGGCUCGGGCUUAAAGCAGCAUGGCUCAGGUCUAGAUGUGGCACUCUACUUACAAGGUUCUAGGUACGUGGUAUACUCGUCUCGGGGCGCCAAGGAGCCCUAAGGAGAAUUGACCUGGUCCUGGGGACCAGUCGGUGGAAAGGUGUGGGUGUGACCAGCGUUCCCUUUCGUCCCAGAUCGCCUGGCGCCCUGCCUUUAGCAUCAUAUAAUACUUUACCCGCUACCACCCGGACGUGCACGACUACUCGACCUUGCACAGCGCCGCAGGGUCGGACUCGGCAGUGCGACCGGAUUUCUACUGGGACACAUAGCGAUGCCCGGGGCGCCGUGCCUAGUCUCGAUCAUUCCCGCAUUGCUCCGCGUGCUCUCGUCGCCAGACAGAUUGCCGGUGUGGAGCAGUCUUCCCUGGUCUGCUCCCCGAACGGCGAAGCUCGGAGGCGCAGCCCGAGUGCGGCGCCGAUGUUGGCUAUCCUUCACAAAACGGAUCGAGUAGGGCGUUAG